CUUCAUUUCGGCACAGCCAGGAUUUUUGAGGGUUUCCGAGCGUUGAAUUUUUGGCAUUGAUUGGAGAUAAUCAUCUUUGAAAGGAGACGCGAUCACGUGUAGAGGGGCUUUCAUGAGGAUUCUGCAUGAGGUUUAGCUAACUUCGGACAAACAAGAUAUAGUAUCAUGAAGAUAUCGAGUAUAGACACAUGUUCAUUCCUGACAAAAGUAAUCCCCGUUCUAUCCCCCAUCCAGUCGAGCAAUAUAAGCGCAGCCAGAAAUAUUCCCAAAGAACAUGCGAUCCUUGGUCACAUCGAGCGAUAUCCCAAUACCAUCAUUCAAAUCGCGCACCAGGAUAGUCGGUUUCAUAUUGGGCUGAGCAGCGCAUCGAGGUUGAUUGCAUUGACUGAAUUACCAGUUGGUGGGGAUCCUCGAUCUGUCCAGUAUACUGUCCCCUUUAGAAGGACCUUUCGGAGACCAAUAGAGCUUGUCCCUCUCUUCAUCCACUGCAAUUCCCACACACCACCUGCAACAGUCAUUCCCUUGGUCUGGAUUACCAGCGCGACAGAGUAUCUUAACAUCGCUGCCAUCGAUAUUCGCUCGCACCAUUUUCAUUCGUUCACGGUCACUCCAAUACAGCUUUCUCGUUCGAGGGGCAAUCUUCAGCUGUAUGAAUACGAACCCAGAUCGAGAAAGUAUAGGAUUUCUGUGACGGUCAUGAUGAUUGGGCUUUGUGAUGUCUGGCUUGAGAUGGAGUUAAGAAAGUUGAAGGUUGAAAUCAGGGAUACCGCGGGGAAUGGCCUUCUUAUGUAUAUGUCUAGAUUCAUAGGAGGACCCAUCAAUCGCUGUAAUCGAAACGACGCCGAAAUUAGCGUCUUUUAUGCAGGCUGCGAUGCAUGGAGAUCUGGACGGAACUUUAUUUCCACCUCAGUCAUUCCAGUCUUCGAUGCAUAUUUCAUAUGAAAUGCACUAUCUCCGGACCGACACUCCCUAAAAUCAAGAUAAUCAUCAUCUAUCCUUCAUUCAAGCACUAGGGAAAAUUAACAUGAGUAAAAAUCGACAUACCGCAUCUGAAACAUCUGCCUAUUCGGCAUGCCGUUUCACCGAUCUAGCUGCUGUCGAUCUUGGAAAAGCCUCCAUUAUAUCCAGAGUAAUCAAACUUCAUCCUAUAGAAUUGUGUCGAUAUUGCGGUGUGACAAACACCUCAUGGAGUGGGUGCUUGAAUCGCACCACUCAAAGCCAGAUAAUGAUCGAUCGGGCUUCGGUAGACUCGAUGAGUAUGUAAACGAGAUAAUCAAGACAUGUGACAUUCGCAGUGUCUGUUCUAAAGCCUAUUUUGUUAUAAACUAUUUUUCAUCCGUA